AUGGCCGCGAAGUCGGAUGGAGCCGGGGCCGCCGCGGCCGUGCGCAUGGAGCCGGGCGCGGAGGGCGGCGGCGGGGGCAGCCUGCCUGGCGGGGCGGGCCGCGGGGGCGCGGGGCCCGGGCCGGCGCCCCGCGCCUACAGCCUGCUGGACUGCUGCUGGGUGCUGGGCGCCCUGCUCGUCUUCUUCUCGGACGGGGCCAGCGACCUGUGGCUGGCGGCCGAUUACUACCUGCGGCGCCAGCGCUGGUGGUUCGGCCUCACGCUGCUCUUCGCGCUGCUGCCCUCGCUGGUGGUGCAGCUGCUCAGCUUCCGCUGGUUCGUGUACGACCACACGGCGCCCCGAGCCCCCGGGGCCGCCCCGGCCGCCGCCCCGCCGGCGCCGGCCGCCAGCACCAAGGACAGCGGCGGCCCCAAGGACGGCGGCCGGCCCGGCUCCGCGCGCCUCUCGCCGGCCCCGGCCCCGGCCCCCGGCGCCCCCCGGACCCGGGGCUGCUGCCGCCUCUGCAUCUGGAUCCUGCAGUCCCUCAUCCACCUCCUGCAGCUGGGACAGGUCUGGAGGUACCUCCGGACCCUGUACCUCGGCCUCCAGAGCCGCUGGCAGUCAGAGCACAGACAGAGCCACUUCUACUGGAGGAUGAUGUUCGAGAGCGCGGACAUCAGCAUGCUGCGGCUGCUGGAGACCUUCCUGAAGAGCGCCCCCCAGCUGGUGCUGCAGCUGAGCAUCAUGGUGCAACAGAACAACAUCGAGCCCCUGCAGGGUCUCUCGGCCUCGGCCUCCCUGGUGUCCCUGGCGUGGAUGAUCGCCUCCUACCAGAAGGUGCUGCGGGACUCGCGUGAGGACAAGAUGCCCAUGUCCUACAAGGGGGCAGUGGUGCAGAUCCUCUGGCACCUGUUCACCAUCGCUGCCCGCGCCAUUGCCUUCGCCCUCUUUGCCUCCGUGUUCCAGCUCUACUUUGGCAUCUUCAUCGUCACGCAUUGGUGCAUCAUGACCUUCUGGAUCAUCCAGGGGGAGACGGACUUCUGCAUGUCCAAGUGGGAGGAGAUCAUCUACAACAUGGUGGUGGGCAUCAUCUACAUCUUCUGCUGGUUCAACGUGAAGGAGGGCCGGAGCCGCUGCCGCAUGGCCAUCUACUACACCAUUACGCUGGCGGAGAACGCGGCCCUCACCGGGCUCUGGUACAUGUACUAUGACCGCCAGGCCACCGCCGACUUCGACGCCUUAAUCAUCGUCUGCGUGGUCUCCUCCAGCUUCGCCCUGGGCAUCUUCUUCAUGUUCAUUUACUACUGCCUCUUGCACCCCAACGGGCCAGUGUUCGGCCCCCAGACCGGCGGCUGCAUUUUCAAAAAGGCGCCGGCCGCCUGCGUGGGACCCCCGGAGGACGUAAUCACCAGCCCCCCACGCUCCUUGCCACGGACUACAGGGGGGGAGAGGGAAGGGGUGCCAGGGGACAGGGACAGCUGCGUGCCUGUUUUUCAGGUCAGGCCAAGCGUCCCCCCAACCCCUGUUGCCCGCGCCCCCCGGACAGAAGGGCCCGUCAUCCGAAUAGAUCUGCCCAGGAAGAAGUACCCUGCCUGGGACGCCCAUUUCAUUGACAGGCGGCUCCGUAAGACGAUCCUAGCGCUGGAGUAUUCUUCUCCGGCUACCCCCCGCCUGCAGUACCGCAGCAUGGGGGCCUCGCAGGAGGUGCUGGAGUAUGAGACCACGGUGUAGGCCACCGCGGGAGCCAUGUAACUGCCUAGCAUGCCCCCCACCCCCACCGUGGGGCUGACACAAUGGUGCAUUUCCAGAACCCAAGGGGGUCGCUGGUCAGAGCCCACUGGCCGCCAGCCAAGCCCGGCCUUCCGCUGCCCCGGAAAGUGGCUGUCCAGUAUCUUCUUAGCAUUUUGCCUUUGUGU